UCUCAUCAAAAUUUACGUUGGACGAAAUCAGAUCGAGCCCCUACCUUAUUCCCCCGUCUCGAUCCCUCCCCACUUCAUCGACACCUCUCUCCCCAUAAACUCUAAUAAUUAUCAGCUUCAAGGAAAAACAAUUAAAUUGAAUAAGGGAGUGAUGGUUUUUGCUCCAUUCUGAAACACUCUGUGCGAAGGUCUCUCUGUCCUUUUAAUCUCCAAUCUGUUUGGUUACUAAGCAACGAAAUUGCUUGAUACGAUGCGUUUUGAUUCGUUGAUUUGAGCUUUGGUCAUACGCGUAUAAUUGCGAGAUGGCAUGGUUCAGUGGGAGAGUUUCGCUGGGAGGCUUCCCGGAUCUGGCCGGGGCUGUGAAUAAGCUCAGCGAGAGCGUGAAGAAUAUUGAAAAGAAUUUUGAUAGUGCGCUUGGUUUCGAGGAGCAGGCUGAGAAGUCUGAGUCCACUAAUAGCGAAGCUUCAGGAUUAUGGCCUGUUAUGUCCUUCAGAGGCCAGAAAAGUGAAGAAAGUACUACUGAAUUGCCAGAAAAACCUAAAUCUUUAGAGCAACCAUUCAGACCUGAAGAAAAAGAAGGGGCUGAGACUGAAAGGUUACUGCCUUCUAAUACUGAGCAAACCUCUACUGAAGAAGGAGGGGAUGCACCCAAGAUAGUGGAAGAUAAUGAGCAUACAGGCACAGCUGAGAGGGUAGAUAUUUUUACAUCAGACCUUGGUAAAGUUGAAUCUGAAUUGCUAACAGUGCCUGUUGAGCCUUCUGAAUUAACUAGUGAAAGUGUUGAGUCAUCAAAUGCUGUUGACAUUCUGCAACAGAAAGUGAGUUCAGGUGUAGGACCUUCUGAAGAUGCAGAAUACGGGGAAGCCAACUCAGGAUCUGAUGAAGUAGACCAAGCUAAGGAUGGUACCAUUAUUCUACCCUAUGAAUCAGACAGUGUUGUUGAUCCACCUGAAAUCAAGGAUGAGGAGAAGAAGGAAGGAAAGAAAGAUGAAGAGAAGAAAGAAGAAAGCAAGGAUGAGGAGAAGCAAGAAGAAAGCAAAGAUGAAGAGAAGACACAAGCAGAAGAGAUUGUAGAGAAAAGUUUUCCAGUUGAGGCCGAGGCAUCAACUGUUGUCCAAGCUGAAGGGAUUGAACCUUCAGAUUCCCAUUCUUUUAGUGCUGAGGAGACUGAUAGUGCUCGCAGAUUAUCUUUGCCCAGUUCCUUUCCCUCUGAUGAAGCUCCUGAGUUGAUUUCUGCAUCAAUUUCUCCUCAAAAAGAUGCAGAAGCCAAAGCAGUUGGAAUAAAUCAGCAAGCUAAUGUUAAUGAGAUUGACACUAGAGAGAAACAGUUAAGCCCAGAGGCAAAUGUUCCUGUCUCAGAAGAAUCGGUUCGUGAACUUGAGAAGCUAAAGAUGGAAACGAAAAUGAUGGAAACUGCAUUGCAGGGUGCUGCAAGGCAAGCUCAGGCAAAGGCAGAUGAGAUUGCUAAGAUGAUGAAUGAAAAUGAGCACCUAAAAGCUGUGAUUGAGGACUUGAAGAGGAAAUCCAGUGAUGCUGAAAUUGAAACUUUACGAGAAGAAUACCAUCAAAGAGUUGGAACUCUUGAAAGAAGGAUUUAUGCUCUUACUAAGGAAAGGGACACACUUAGAAGAGAGCAGAACAAAAAAAGUGAUGCAGCUGCUCUUUUAAAGGAAAAAGAUGAAAUAAUUACUCAAGUUAUGGCUGAAGGUGAAGAACUUUCAAAAAAGCAGGCUGCUCAAGAAGCUCAGAUUAGGAAAUUAAGGGCCCAGAUUAGAGAGCUUGAAGAGGAGAAGAAGGGUUUGGUUACCAAGCUUCAGGUUGAAGAGAACAAAGUAGAGAGUAUUAAAAAGGAUAAGACAGCUACAGAGAAGUUGCUGCAAGAAACAAUUGAGAAACACCAAGUAGAACUUGCAACACAAAAAGACUACUACACAAAGGCUUUGAACGCAGCUAAGGAGGCUGAAGAAUUAGCAGAGGCACGUGCCAACAAUGAAGCUAGAACUGAAUUAGAGAACCGUUUAAGAGAGGCUGAGGAACGUGAAGCUAUGCUUGUUCAGGCACUGGAAGAAUUAAGGCAAACAUUAAGUAGAAAGGAGCAACAGGCAGUGUUUAGGGAAGACAUGCUUCGCAGGGACAUCGAAGAUCUUCAAAAACGAUAUCAAGCUAGUGAACGUCGAUGUGAAGAGUUGAUCACACAAGUUCCUGAAUCAACAAGGCCUCUUUUAAGGCAGAUAGAAGCCAUACAGGAUACAACUGCAAGAAGAGCCGAAGCUUGGGCUGCUGUUGAGAGGUCUCUUAAUUCUCGGCUGCAGGAAGCUGAGGCUAAAGCUGCAGCUGCUGAAGAAAGAGAGCGAUCUGUCAAUGAACGCUUAUCACAAACCUUAUCUAGAAUAAAUGUUCUUGAAGCUCAGAUUUCAUGCCUCAGAGCAGAACAGACCCAGUUAAAUAAGUCCCUUGAAAAGGAGAGACAAAGAGCUGCAGAGAAUAGGCAGGAGUACCUUGCAGUGAAGGAGGAAGCGGAUACUCAAGCAGGCCGUGCAAACCAGCUUGAAGAACAAAUUAAAGAACUCAGGCGGAGGCAUAAGCAAGAAUUACAAGAUGCACUUAUGCACCGGGAACUUUUGCAGCAGGAAAUAGACAGGGAAAAGGCUGCUCGGUUAGACUUGGAAAGGAGAGCAUCUGUUCUCUCUACUGCUGUACCUGAUCAAACUCCCUUAUCAAGGCAUAAUUCUGCUAUUGAGAAUGGAAGCUUGUCUCGGAAACUGUCAAGUGCUAGCAGCCUAGGCAGCAUGGAAGAAAGUCAUUUUCUGCAAGCUUCUUUGGACUCAUCUGAUAGCUUAUCUGAAAAGAGAAAUCCUAUAGAAGCAACUAUUAGCCCAUACUUUAUGAAGAGCAUGACACCUAGUGCUUUUGAAUCUAGUCUUCGUCAAAAAGAGGGGGAACUUGCUUCAUAUAUGUCUCGUUUGGCAUCGAUGGAGAAGAUUCGGGACUCUCUUGCUGAAGAGUUGGUCAAAAUGACUGGACAGUGUGAAAAGUUGCGAGCAGAAGCUGCCAUGUUGCCUGGCAUACGGGCAGAACUAGAUGCACUAAGACGGAGGCAUGCUGCUGCUCUGGAGCUAAUGGGUGAGCGUGAUGAGGAGCUGGAGGAACUCCGGGCAGAUAUAGUAGACUUGAAAGAAAUGUACAGAGAGCAAGUAAACUUGCUUGUGAAUAAGAUUCAAGUAAUGAGCUCAUCAAUGGGCAGUGCCUGAUAAAUCUACCCAAGUUGACAGUAUUUUCAUACAUGAUUUUUUAUUGAUGUUUUCAAUAUAGUUUCAUAGUCUAUGCAGUAAAUGCAAUUCGUGAUUGCUUAAAAUUGUCCCCCUUAUAUUUCAUUAACGUUCAAGGUCUGUCUUAUGUGCAAUUUUUUGGCAGUUGAUGUUAUUUGGAGAACACGCCUCGAUAAAACUCUGUAUUGUACGUAGAGCAGAAUGUUAAUGUUGCUUUAUAGUUUCAAAAUUCUAUAAUCUUUUUAAUUUUAUCUUUCAGAUUGAUUUGAUCUUCAUUAAUACUACCGUCUUCUCUUUUGUUGA